AUGUCUUCAAAACUACAAGCUUUAAGCAAGGAUGAACUAAUACAGAAGGUAUUAGAAUCAGAAGCGAUAUUGAAUGAGUUCCAAGAGUCAAGUAAAGAUCUAGAAAAGGCAUUAGAGGAUGAAUUGCAAGAGUUGGAAACGACAAAGAUGAAUCUCGAGGAUCAAGUCAUCAGCUUAAAGAAUCAAUUACUUACAUCAAGACAACAGAAUUUAGACCACGGUAAAGAACUAGAUAAGCUUCAGGAUCUUCUAUUAAACAAGGAUCAAGAAAUCAUGGGUCUACAGCAGAAGAUAGUCAAGAUUGAAAUUGCCAACGCCUCGAUGGAAAGUCAGGAUCGCAUCAUGCUCAACAAAUACGAAGUACAACAAACUUUUAACAACGAGCUACUAGAAAAGUUGGCGAUUCUAGAAGAUGAAUUAGACAGGGCCAAAAGACAAAAUUCAGAGAGGCAAUUGCAUAUAACCAACUAUAAAAUACAAGUUCAUGAUUUGCAGGAAACAAUUAAGCAACUAGAAGCCGACCAACAUAGGGAUUGUGAUGCCCUGUUUGUUAGUAUGAAGGAUGUGUUGAAAAGUACACCACCGCCGAAUGUCCUCCGAAACGUCACCAAUACGACGACUUCACAAAGUAAAAUGAAAAAAUCAGAUUCAUUACAGAAACUUAAAAACUUGACCCGAGAUAUUGACAUAUUCCUUGGCAAACAAGAUCGACUGGACGAUCUAUCAGCUGACAGCUUAAAAAGAAUGUCUACUUUAAAGGCACCGUCACUGACUAUAUUGACAAUUCUGGAUGAAUCGGCAUACAUAAACACCCACAAGAAAACCAAACGGCUUUCCUAUAGCAAGCGAUACUCCCAGUUACCUUCCAUUACUGGAAGCCCAAAGGCAACACCACGACAGAAUUGA